AUGUCCUCCACAUCGCGAGCCACUCUUGCUUCUGCAGGCGCUGCGCUUCUCGGCGGAGCGGCCUUUGUGUCUACUGGACCGUCACGCACCGGACACCUGCGGGCAACUGCAACGGCAGCCUCUUCGCCAGCCCCCGGACAGGCACACAAUGUUGCCGGCCUUGCCGUCGCCAGCGCGGCGGCUGCCACUUGUUUUGCCAGCCGCAAGGCCUCGGCAACAAGCGCCCGACAUCAGCUGGUGACACUGAGCGCCUUCGAGAAUGAGCUUGGAGUGCAAGCUCCAGUGGGAUUUUGGGAUCCCGCCGGGUUCACGGAUGGCAGCACCGAGAACUUUGCUCGCCGCCGCCAGACGGAGCUUAAGCAUGGUCGCAUCUCCAUGCUUGCCACAAUGGGAUACAUUACUCCAGAGAUCACCGGCAAAUUGCCCGGGUACCUUAGUCCUUCGGCUGGCCUGAAGUUCGCGGAUGUCCCCAACGGCCUCGCGGCGAUUUCCAAGGUGCCCGCUGCAGGGUGGGGUCAAAUCUUGGCUUACAUGGCCUUCUGCGAGGUGUCCCAGGACCAGUCGGCGGGAACUCCUGCUGCGGCGGGCGACUUCGGAUUCAAGGUGCUGACUGCCUCGGACCCGGAGGCGAAAAAAACGAAGCUCGCCGCGGAGUUGGCGAACGGCAGACUUGCGAUGAUGGCCAUCAUCGGCAUGUUCUUUCAAGACGGCCUGACAGGAAGCGCCUGGGGUGACUGGGCCAACUACACCGCCUCGCCGCUGCGCGCCUUCGAGAACGAGCUCGGGGUGCAGGCUCCUGUGGGAUUUUGGGAUCCCGCCGGGUUCACGGCCGAUGGCAGCACCGAGAACUUUGCUCGCCGCCGCCAGACGGAGCUUAAGCAUGGUCGCAUCUCCAUGCUUGCCACAAUGGGAUACAUUACUCCAGAGAUCACCGGCAAAUUGCCCGGGUACCUUAGUCCUUCGGCUGGCCUGAAGUUCGCGGAUGUCCCCAACGGCCUCGCGGCGAUUUCCAAGGUGCCCGCUGCAGGGUGGGGUCAAAUCUUGGCUUACAUGGCCUUCUGCGAGGUGUCCCAGGACCAGUCGGCGGGAACUCCUGCUGCGGCGGGCGACUUCGGAUUCAAGGUGCUGACUGCCUCGGACCCGGAGGCGAAAAAAACGAAGCUCGCCGCGGAGUUGGCGAACGGCAGACUUGCGAUGAUGGCCAUCAUCGGCAUGUUCUUUCAAGACGGCCUGACAGGAAGCGCCUGGGGUGACUGGGCCAACUACACCGCCUCGCCGCUGCGCGCCUUCGAGAACGAGCUCGGGGUGCAGGCUCCUGUGGGAUUUUGGGAUCCCGCCGGGUUCACGGCCGAUGGCAGCACCGAGAACUUUGCUCGCCGCCGCCAGACGGAGCUUAAGCAUGGUCGCAUCUCCAUGCUUGCCACAAUGGGAUACAUUACUCCAGAGAUCACCGGGAAAUUGCCCGGGUACCUUAGUCCUUCGGCUGGCCUGAAGUUCGCGGAUGUCCCCAACGGCCUCGCGGCGAUUUCCAAGGUGCCCGCUGCAGGGUGGGGUCAAAUCUUGGCUUACAUGGCCUUCUGCGAGGUGUCCCAGGACCAGUCGGCGGGAACUCCUGCUGCGGCGGGCGACUUCGGAUUCAAGGUGCUGACUGCCUCGGACCCGGAGGCGAAAAAAACGAAGCUCGCCGCGGAGUUGGCGAACGGCAGACUUGCGAUGAUGGCCAUCAUCGGCAUGUUCUUUCAAGACGGCCUGACAGGAAGCGCCUGGGGUGACUGGGCCAACUACACCGCCUCGCCGCUGCGCGCCUUCGAGAACGAGCUCGGGGUGCAGGCUCCUGUGGGAUUUUGGGAUCCCGCCGGGUUCACGGCCGAUGGCAGCACCGAGAACUUUGCUCGCCGCCGCCAGACGGAGCUUAAGCAUGGUCGCAUCUCCAUGCUUGCCACAAUGGGAUACAUUACUCCAGAGAUCACCGGCAAAUUGCCCGGGUACCUUAGUCCUUCGGCUGGCCUGAAGUUCGCGGAUGUCCCCAACGGCCUCGCGGCGAUUUCCAAGGUGCCCGCUGCAGGGUGGGGUCAAAUCUUGGCUUACAUGGCCUUCUGCGAGGUGUCCCAGGACCAGUCGGCGGGAACUCCUGCUGCGGCGGGCGACUUCGGAUUCAAGGUGCUGACUGCCUCGGACCCGGAGGCGAAAAAAACGAAGCUCGCCGCGGAGUUGGCGAACGGCAGACUUGCGAUGAUGGCCAUCAUCGGCAUGUUCUUUCAAGACGGCCUGACAGGAAGCGCCUGGGGUGACUGGGCCAACUACACCGCCUCGCCGCUGCGCGCCUUCGAGAACGAGCUCGGGGUGCAGGCUCCUGUGGGAUUUUGGGAUCCCGCCGGGUUCACGGCCGAUGGCAGCACCGAGAACUUUGCUCGCCGCCGCCAGACGGAGCUUAAGCAUGGUCGCAUCUCCAUGCUUGCCACAAUGGGAUACAUUACUCCAGAGAUCACCGGCAAAUUGCCCGGGUACCUUAGUCCUUCGGCUGGCCUGAAGUUCGCGGAUGUCCCCAACGGCCUCGCGGCGAUUUCCAAGGUGCCCGCUGCAGGGUGGGGUCAAAUCUUGGCUUACAUGGCCUUCUGCGAGGUGUCCCAGGACCAGUCGGCGGGAACUCCUGCUGCGGCGGGCGACUUCGGAUUCAAGGUGCUGACUGCCUCGGACCCGGAGGCGAAAAAAACGAAGCUCGCCGCGGAGUUGGCGAACGGCAGACUUGCGAUGAUGGCCAUCAUCGGCAUGUUCUUUCAAGACGGCCUGACAGGAAGCGCCUGGGGUGACUGGGCCAACUACACCGCCUCGCCGCUGCGCGCCUUCGAGAACGAGCUCGGGGUGCAGGCUCCUGUGGGAUUUUGGGAUCCCGCCGGGUUCACGGCCGAUGGCAGCACCGAGAACUUUGCUCGCCGCCGCCAGACGGAGCUUAAGCAUGGUCGCAUCUCCAUGCUUGCCACGAUGGGAUACAUUACUCCAGAGAUCACCGGCAAAUUGCCCGGGUACCUUAGUCCUUCGGCUGGCCUGAAGUUCGCGGAUGUCCCCAACGGCCUCGCGGCGAUUUCCAAGGUGCCCGCUGCAGGGUGGGGUCAAAUCUUGGCUUACAUGGCCUUCUGCGAGGUGUCCCAGGACCAGUCGGCGGGAACUCCUGCUGCGGCGGGCGACUUCGGAUUCAAGGUGCUGACUGCCUCGGACCCGGAGGCGAAAAAAACGAAGCUCGCCGCGGAGUUGGCGAACGGCAGACUUGCGAUGAUGGCCAUCAUCGGCAUGUUCUUUCAAGACGGCCUGACAGGAAGCGCCUGGGGUGACUGGGCCAACUACACCGCCUCGCCGCUGCGCGCCUUCGAGAACGAGCUCGGGGUGCAGGCUCCUGUGGGAUUUUGGGAUCCCGCCGGGUUCACGGCCGAUGGCAGCACCGAGAACUUUGCUCGCCGCCGCCAGACGGAGCUUAAGCAUGGUCGCAUCUCCAUGCUUGCCACGAUGGGAUACAUUACUCCAGAGAUCACCGGCAAAUUGCCCGGGUACCUUAGUCCUUCGGCUGGCCUGAAGUUCGCGGAUGUCCCCAACGGCCUCGCGGCGAUUUCCAAGGUGCCCGCUGCAGGGUGGGGUCAAAUCUUGGCUUACAUGGCCUUCUGCGAGGUGUCCCAGGACCAGUCGGCGGGAACUCCUGCUGCGGCGGGCGACUUCGGAUUCAAGGUGCUGACUGCCUCGGACCCGGAGGCGAAAAAAACGAAGCUCGCCGCGGAGUUGGCGAACGGCAGACUUGCGAUGAUGGCCAUCAUCGGCAUGUUUUUUCAGGAUGGCCUGACGGGAAGUGCUUGGGGAGACUGGGCCAACUACACCGCCUCGCCGCUUCGCUGA